GUAAAGGCUAGUAAGCCGGGUCCUGCGUCUUCGUCGACGAGGCGAGAGCCGUUUCCAUCGGAAGAUCCUGUCCGUGGUCUUCCUGGGCCUGAGGGAAGCGGACAGGUGGAACAAUGCCGUUCGUGACUGCCCCGGCGGCAGUCUAGCAGGUCGACUACAUGUAGGUGGAACGCGAUAGCCUGGCCGGAAAGUCUCAAGAUCGGCAGCAGCUGUGUGGCUUCUGCAUCAUGGCGCUUCGUGGCAAUGAUUCUGACGACAAGUUCCUCCAGGAGCUGCAGAAGAAGAUAAUGUCGAGCGAUGGCGGAGGUCCGCUUGGCCCGAAGAUGGCUAUCUGCACCCGACUGCUUACUUCCACCGUUGCUGCUGUGCACGCACGCAUGCUAGCUGGUAAACUGGCAGUACCGCGAACGGCAAAGCCAAGAACCACCAUACCUGCACCUGCCCCACCGUCACUGGGGGCGCCUGGACAAAAGUCUCGCAAUCGGCCUCCACGCAAGGUGGUGUCGCCACCACGCAACCAGCGUCCCCUGAAGAAGCCGACCAAGGCCGACCUGUACGUGCAGAGGCCAAUCGGACCGUUCCAGCAGCGAGAACACUCGGCAGCGACAGUGGCAGCAACGUUACUGUCCAGGGCCAGGGCCAGGGCUGGUGGUGGCGGUGGUGCGGGCAGCAGGAGUAUACGUCACACACGGUCACCGAAGGCUGAACUGCCGGCGGUGCGCGGGGCCACGGCUUACGCCAUGCGCGCACCGACAGUGCGCACCGUGACGCUAGUCGGCGAAGUCGGAAACCUGCACCUUGGACCAGCAAAGAAGAUCACUCUGGAAACGGCCCAAGGCAAGAAACUGAAGAAAGGCGGCAAUGGAUUUCCUCCCGCGAUGGUUCACGACGGAAGUCCGCAGCUGUCGGAGGGUGGUCCGCUGAGAGUCCCGCACAACACACCAAUCCCGCGCCGCGUCAGAGUCACCAGUCCCAGGCGAAGUGGUGUUGGCAGUGCCGGCGUAGAGAAAAUCAUAUAUCAGCCGCGUGCGAAGAGCCAAAAGGCUGCUGCGGUCAAUCCUGAGGAGUUGAGUUAUGCACUGAAUCAAGUGACAUUUCCAGAUGAGGUUGAGGAGAUGACACGAGACGUUAACCAGAGGUUGCCGACGACAAUUCGUCACCGGUCAUCGUACGGCUUCAGGCCCGUCUGUCCCAUCGCAGCCCCUCCGGCCGAUCUCUACAUCAAUCGGAUCAUGCAGCUGGAGUUUGUGUGCCGCAUGUCGCCGUCGGAGCAAGCCCAGCUCCAGAUGGCUCUCUACCAGCUGCACUUCUGCAGCGCGUGCAAUGACGAUCAUCUGCAGUGCACCACUCUGCCGAUAUUCAUCCAGUCCAGCUUCAAGGCCGGCUGCCCGUGCUGCGUCACUUGCCUGAAGCUGGUCCGAGAGAUGUGCUGCGUCAAACACAUCCUGCUUCUGCGAGACAAGACCAACUUGUCGAUCUCCAUGCCGACUGGCAGACACAAUCGCUCCGUCAUACCCAAAGGCCACUCGUAUAUCGGCCGGCCGCUGAAGGACUGGCAGCGGUGCCGUCGACGGCUGGACUGCUUGGCAGCAAAGUACCCGCCGGGCUUCUCGGUGACUCUGGAGACGGGCUUUGUCGUCUUGUGGGUGAAGAUAACUGAUGCACUUUGCGAGCACCUGGCUCUGGUCAACAAGUCCGAGGAGACAACAGCACUGAAAGCACAAGCUGCUAUGGCUUCUGCUGUAGCAUCGCUAUCAUCGCCUCCGGCGAUGGGCGUCAAAAGGUCAAAAGCGUAUCAAGAGGACUUGGCAAAGCGCUAUGUCUGGAAGCCACCCAAGCCGAAGCCGCCGAAGCCACCGGAAAAGAAAGAGCCGGUCCCCGUGAAACCUUCCUUGCGUGAGAGGCACGCUCCCUUGUCAGGAGGGUUGGACUCAACAGCAUCACUGGUAUUCUCCACCAUGGUGCUGGAUUCAGCAUUGAGGGCGACUUUGACGAAACCAAUACCAGUGAAGGCAAACCGUGAGCCUCCGAAAGGCAAGCUCACGGCAUCUAAAGGAAAGCUUGUGAACGGCAAACCCGUGAACGGCAAGCCUGCAAAUAACAAGCCACCAAAGGCCAAGCCACGUGUGGUAGUAUGCCGCGACUUCAAGAAGUUUUACCCGCAACCCAACAAGGGCGGUGGCAACAAGAUUUUCAGCUCGCGAAAGGCAUACCUGUCCCUGCAUAACAGGAAUGCUGGUCGAAAGGUAUCAUGGGACAGAUAACGCUAGCAGCCCAGACACUGAAUAGGACAGUUGUGUUUGUGAAGUCAGACCAAUUCAAUAUCCUGGAUUCUUUGCAUUCCGUUUGUGCAACAAGAUAUUGUCAAACGCAAGCUCCAUGCCAAGGUACCCUUGGAGAUUGAAUGCCUGUAUGAAGUGGUAACAGCUGCAGUUUUCCAUGCACAGCUCAUUCAGAGAAUGAGCCCAGCGGCCCCAGGCACAGCCAAAGGACGAUGUGUGUGAAUUUGGAAACAAGUUGGGCAUAAAACUGCAGAGCAAGAACGGUGAUGCACGCUAUAAGCAAGCACAGUUUUACCUUGCCUUUUGGCUGGUCAUUCUUUGAAUUUCUUGCUUGUAAUGCCAAUGGGUGUUUAGAAAUGCAGGCUUGUGCAAUUGAACGUCCUUGCUGAGCUUCACCAAUGCUGGAUACCAGGAAGUAGUAAAAUAUCGGUAUUUGAUACUCCCUGCCGGAUACUUUCUCUCCAGAGCCUUGCUGCCAAACUGUUAUGCUAACACAAAAUUGCCUUUUUCAUUCACUUCCACUGCUUCGAAUUACCUAUCUUUUUUUCCUUCACUGCCAGAGAUCAUAAUGCUAGCACAGCCAGCAAACCUACUCCAGCAGUAUCAGCAUAGCAAGUCAUGAUGGGAGGUUUGUUUGCAUGUGGACCACACAUCACAAAUUUGCAGAAAAGGCAGUUUCUCGUCCUUUCGGCAAUGG